AUGGAGGGCUCAAACAAGAUGGAGUUCUUCCAGAAGCUGGGCUACAGCAGGGAGCACGUGGUCAGGGUGCUGGACAAGCUGGGUGAGGACGCCCUGGUCAACGACGUGCUGCAGGAGCUGAUCCAGACGGGCAGCUGCCCCGGGGCCCUCGAGGCUGGCCCGGUGCCUCUGCUCAUCCCCAGGGGCUCGUGUGGGACCGUGGACUCUGCCCAGCACAGGCUGGAAGAGGAGGGCGGAAGCCCGGCCAGUCUCUUGCGACCCAUAGUGAUCGACGGCAGCAACGUGGCGAUGAGCCAUGGAAACAAAGAGGCCUUCUCUUGCCGAGGAAUCCAGCUGGCUGUGGACUGGUUCAGGGACAGAGGACACACCCACAUCAAAGUUUUUGUGCCGUCCUGGAGGAAAGAACCGCCGAGGUUUGAUACCCCUAUCAGAGAGCAGCACGUGCUGGAGCAGCUGGAGCGGCAGGCCGUGCUGGUGUACACGCCGUCGCGCAAGGUGAGCGGCAAGCGGGUGGUCUGCUACGACGACCGCUACAUCGUGAAGGUGGCCUACGAGCAGGACGGCGUCAUCGUCUCCAACGACAACUACCGGGACCUGCAGAGCGAGAACCCCGAGUGGAAGUGGUUCAUCGAGCAGAGGCUGCUCAUGUUCUCCUUCGUCAACGACCGGUUCAUGCCUCCGGAUGACCCCCUGGGCCGCCGGGGGCCCACCCUGAGCAACUUUCUGAGCAGGAAGCCGCAGCCCCCUGAGCCGUCCUGGCAGCACUGUCCCUACGGCAAGAAAUGCACCUAUGGCAUCAAGUGCAAGUUCUUCCAUCCCGAGAGGCCGCGCCAGACGCAGCUGGCGGUGGCUGACGAGCUGCGCGCGCAGACGCGGGCCUGGCCCGCCCCGCGGGAAGCCGGCGCGCCCAGCCUGGCUCCGGCCCGCGGGACGGCGGACGUGGCUGCCCUGGAAGGUCGCUUGUCGCGGCUACACUUCAGCGACGACCCGGGGCUCCUCGGAGCGCCCCAGUCGGGCCCUGGCGGCGGCCUCGUGCCCGAGCCGCUCGGUCUCGACUGGGGGGCGCCCGCCGCCUCGCUGUCCCUGGCCACCCAGUCGGGCCCCCCGCCGGGCCUGCGCGGGGGCUACUUCCCGGGGGGUGCGCAGAAUGACCUGCUCUCCCAGCGCCGGCAGCCCCCUCGCUCUUGGGCCCCCACAGAAGCAGGUGGGUUCCCAAGGCGCUCAGCAGCCUGGACGGACUCCAGCUGGGGCCACAGCGCCUCGAGGGGCCCGUCGACCACCGAGGCCCAAGGGGAGGGGGCGCUGGCACGGGCUUGCAGCGCGCUCUUCCCACCCCACCAGGUGGAGUGGUCAUGA